GUCACAGGGGGGUGGGCAUCCUUUUGACAGGGCUCCCAGCAAUAGAGCAGUCCCACUCUCCCGGAUGAGCUGGAGAAGUAGCUACCUCUCCCAGACAGAGUUGGGGUCAAAUUCAUGCACAUCCAAUUUCCAUCAAAGCCCACUCUUCCCAGGGCUUGCUGGGAGGGAAGGAUAACUGCAGGCUCCCCUGGCAUGCCCCCUCAUGAGAGAAGUUCACAAAGUUUGAGACAGAGGCGAAUGGACAGGUGUGCUUCUUAGGGAAGCAGUCAAGAGGUGGCAAGAAGUUGGCAGCUGCCCUCAAGAGGGUCCUGGCACCAUGGACAAUGACAAGCCUCUUCAGCCUGAGACAGAAGAUGAGACUGAAACUGAGCUAGUACCACAGAGCAGUGAUAAAACGCUCUACUGUGAGGCCGAACCCCCGCCAACUGUAGAAAAAGUGAAACCAGCCCGGGAGAAUUCCGAAACAGACCUGGAGAUUGAAGAUAAUGAGAAAUUUUUCACCACUGGACAAAAGGAGCUGUACCUGGAGGCCUGCAAACUGGUGGGUGUAGUGCCUGUCUCCUACUUCAUUCGGAACAUGGAGGAGUCCUGCGUGAACCUCAACCACCACGGCCUGGGCCCCAGGGGUACCAAGGCUAUUGCUAUAGCCCUGGUGUCCAACACGGCUGUUACCAAACUGGAGCUGGAAGACAACUGCAUCAUGGAGGAGGGCGUCUUGAGCCUGGUGGAGAUGCUACAAGAGAACUACUACCUCCAGGAGAUGAAUAUUUCCAACAAUCACCUUGGUUUGGAGGGGGCCAGAAUCAUCUCAGAUUUCUUCGAGAGAAAUAGUUCUUCCAUCUGGAACCUUGAGCUUUCAGGAAAUGACUUCAAGGAAGAAUCCGCAGCACCGCUCUGCCAAGCCCUGUCGACCAAUUACCGAAUUAAGAAGCUGGAUCUCAGUCACAACCAAUUCUCUGAUAUAGGAGGGGAGCAACUGGGCCAGAUGCUGGCCAUCAAUGUGGGGCUUACAUCACUGGAUCUGAGCUGGAAUAACUUCCAUACAAGGGGAGCUGUGGCCUUGUGCAACGGUCUCCGGGGUAAUGUGACCCUGACAAAGCUGGAUCUCUCCAUGAAUGGCCUUGGGAAUGAGGGGGCUGUGGCCCUAGGGGAGGUCCUCCGACUCAACAGCUGCCUGGUCUACCUGGAUGUCGGCGGCAAUGACAUCGGCAAUGAAGGGGCCUCCAAAAUCAGCAAAGGACUGGAAUCCAAUGAAAGCCUCAGAGUUCUGAAGCUUUUCCUGAAUCCCAUAAGUAUGGAUGGGGCUAUUUUACUUAUCCUGGCUAUCAAGAGGAACCCCAAAUCCAGGAUGGAAGAGCUUGAUAUUUCCAACGUGCUGGUGUCCGAGCAGUUCAUGAAAACGUUGGACGGAGUGUAUGCUGUUCACCCGCAGCUGGAUGUGGUGUUCAAGGCAGUACAAGGCCUCUCUGCCAAGAAAACCAUCUUUUUGUUGACAAACCCCAUGAAACUGAUCCAGAACUAUGCAGACCAGCACAAAAUCACAGUCAUGGACUUCUUCAAGAGCUUGAACCCCACCGGGACAAUGAAGAUGUCUGUGGACGAGUUCCAGAAAGUGAUGAUAGAGCAAACCAAGGUCCCUCUGAACCAGUACCAGGUCAGGGAGGUGAUAAAGAAGCUCGAUGAGAAGACAGGCAUGGUGAACUUCAGUUUCUUGAACACAAUGAAGCCAUAGCAAUAAGUCUGGUCUGGAAAGAAGUCUCGGCGAGAGGAGUCCUGGCAAGUCGGAUGGUGGCAGGAAGGAGAGCAAGAGGUGGCAGAAAUCUCGAUGGACAGAUGCUGUGGCCAGGGCUGGGCACAAGCAAAUAAAGUCUGGCUUGGUUCUGGG